AAAUAAAGUUUUCAAAGCAUUUUAUUGCUUUCUCUACAGUUCCAUAAAAUAUUCACCACUUUAAAUAUUAAAAAAAAGAGAAUUUCAUUUUCGUACUUUUCAUUUGAAACUGGUAACUGGUAAAAGAAUUUGGAGAAUGUGAAAAAAAAAUGGUUUUCCAUUAGAACCUUUUUUGUUGUAGAAUGUUUGGAAAGAUUUUUGUAUUUUUGAUUGUUUUUCUUUUAAGUGUUGUGGACUGUGUUUAUGGUCAUGUUGAUGGGGCAAAGUUGGAAGAAGAAUGCAAGAUAGCAGACAUCUGCCGACACGAUCAGGUGCCGAUAUGUGGCAUCGAUUCCUGCGGAGAGAUGAGAACGUUCAUUGACACCUGCGAUAUGCAUGAGUUCAAUUGUGAUAGCAGGAAAGAUUUCGUACAAAAACCAACCCACGAAUGUUGGGUAACCUGCAAACGAGGACGGAGCUUCAAAAGACCAGAAUUCAACCCUGAUUGUAUGGCCGAAGUAAAGAAUGCUGUAUAAAACAACCGUACUAUAUCAAAAAUAGUUUUUAAUAUUAAAUUAAUAACAUUUUUA